CGAUAAUCUUCAGACUUUAUUUGCUAAUGUCGGGAUUGAUUUGGAGACGCAAACCUGGGUUUACAUUUGCGCUAUUAUUACAUGGAUUCCCCUCAUCUUACUAAAAUCAAUGAAAGAUGUCACAUUCUUGAGCAUAAUGGGAGCAAUCGCUUCGGCUGUUGUUGUUAUCGUCGUGCUUACCACGUCUAUCGUUGAAUAUCCCGAUAAAGGAUCCGAUCAACGCGACUUUAUCAAUCUCAAAAAUCUUCCUUUUGUUAUAGCUACUUUCAAUUUCUGUUUUGGCGGUAACAUUGUGUUUCCCAAUAUCGAAUCCAGUAUGAAAAAUGCGCGCGAUUGGUCAAAAGUCCUAACCAUCUCCAUCUUUAUAAUCACCUUAAUGUAUUUGUUAAUUGGUAUUCCCGCCUAUAUAACCUAUGGUCGAUCUCUUCAAUCCCCUAUAUAUCUUUCCCUUCCACCUGGCCCUUCUGCAACCGUAGCUAUAAUAAUGAUCACCACUCACAUUCUCUUGGCCUUACCAGUAUACCUGACCUCCUUUUCCAUGGAAAUUGAAAAUCUCCUUAUCGUACAAGAAUUUGAAGUUCGUCGUAGAUUUGUUUGGCGUGUGAUUAUACGUUCACUAAUAAUGGCUUUCACUGUAUUGAUGGCUGUCAACAUACCAUUCGCUUCCGAUUUAGUAGAACUGUUAGGUGCCGCUGGAAAUGGGAUGUUACUGGUGGUCACACCAAUUAUACUGUGGGUUAAAUUAUUUGGUUGGCAAAAUUUAGAAUUCAAAGAACAAUGUUGGAUAAUUUUUGUGUUGACGUUUUCUAUCUUUGGUGCU